AUGGCUUUAACCACCAUGGCGACGAUAUCUCGACGUGAUAUGCAAGACAAUGGCCUAAUAGUAAAUAUUACCGACGUCAAGCACUUGAUAUCCUACAGCUGGAUCAAAUCUUCCACACCCAUAAUUGCCGUGCCGGAUAUUCCGCCGAAGUGGUUCCCUCCUCCGGUUGCCCGUCGGCUUCCCAAGGAUUCUGGGCUGGUUUAUAUCGCCCAGGAUGCAGCCCGUCAUCCCGAGAGUCCUCUGGAGCCCUGUUCCGUAUUCACUAUUAACGUCGAGGUCGUAGGAAGUACCGUGUUCUUCUACCGGACUGAGACUAAGACUCAAGAGCUCAUCGCACCACGCGAGUGGAAGGGCUUUGGCCACGAGUUCGAGAAGGCCACUCACUACUGGAUCGUCUUAUACCGCUUCGGCGGGCUAAGCUUUAUCGUUCGUUAUAAAGUAGACGGAUACAUAGAUGACAUUAACAAGCCCACUGGUUCGAAAUUGGUGAUUCGAGAACAGGGCUACGAUAUGCCGCUUGGAACCACCCUCGAGAUUAAAACAUGA